UGGUAAGACGUCACGUUGUGGCCGUGCCAGCCUGGGUUCGAUUCCCAGCACCGUCAGUUGCUUCUUUUCUUCUUCAUUCUUUUUUUUUUCUCUCUUUCUCUCUAACUUUUUGACAUUGCUCCUUUCCCUCUCCAUUGCUGUACAAUACUUCUGAAACCUACCAUUUAUACUACACCUUCUGGAGGAUUAAAUGUCGUUUUUAACGAACUUCGGACUGUAGGAUGCACCUAGUUUGGUGAUUGCAAGCAGUAUCACGUGAUAUCUUUCGUCGGCCUUGGCAUCAAAAUUCCUCCCUCUCCGAACUUAUGGACAUCACCAACGGCCACGGCACGGCAUCGAAUUUCCUUCUCAUUGUCAAAUUGACCUGCCCCUACUUCCUUACCAAUCGGGUUGUUUGAUAGCUAAUAUUUCUAGUUUUUAAUUUUCGAUUUUGUCCCGGUCAUCUUCAAUUGCACACAAAAUGCUGUGCUCACGUUGCAGAAUGAGCCUGCUCUGCCGCCUUCCUUUCCGUCAACAGAGCUGGGCCUCCCUCCAGACAUCACGAUGGACAGUCUCCUUCCCUUACAGACAGGGUGUUCAACAGUAUAGCACACCCGCCUCCGAUGUCCCUGAGCCAUCCCAGCCAUCGUCUGCCCCAUCAAUCACCCUCCCGGGAGUCGCGCCUCCGUCCUCAAGUGCACCCCCAACAGCUAAGCGAAAUGGGCCACCGCGUGUUAUGAGUGGGACACCGGCGGGCACGAAACUAAAGGGCUUGAAUUACAUAAAAAAUAAGCCUGACGUUUUUGCGAUGGAAGAUCAUGAAUAUCCCGACUGGCUAUGGGGCCUCCUGGAUGAGGCAAAGGCAAAGACCAACGCAGACGGAAAAGCAGAUCUUGCUGCUAUGAAUAAAAAGCAACGGAUACGCCACGAAAGAAAAAUGGCCGCUCUCGCCGCUUCCCAACCACGUAAAAUCCCACUACACGAACAAGCCAUCGACAUCACUCCAGCAGAUGCAGUCCCGCAAGAGCAGUCCCCAGAAUUCCUAGAAGCGGCCGCAUCCAGCAUCAGCGCCCGCACGCAAAUCACCAGGAGCGCUAGAGAGGCCCGAAGGAAGAGCAUCAAGGAAGCUAACUUCCUACGCGGAAUGUGAAGAGCGUGACGAAACGAUGAAUCAAAGUGUUAAUAUAUUAUUUUGUUUCGGGCAAUGGAAUGGUGUCGGACUUGUAACAUUACCUCCGUUUCUUUGCUUGGGAGCAAUUGCAUGUUUUUCUAGCGCGUGUGUACAUAUAGACUGUGAGAGGAGAAUGUGAAGCGGCAAUGUAUCCUAUUACUAUUUUUUUUUGGAUCGUGAUAUGAAAAACUCUUGUAAACUGUGAAAAGUACCCAUGACUGACUAUCUUUGCAGCUCUAUACUCCGCUUUGUUGGCAAUAUUUACUCUCAUUUACUUGGCGGGUCGACAGAAUCGCCAAUCCCUCCCCCUCGGUAUGUAGAAGAACAACAAGGAUAUUUUGCCUAUGACCUGUCUUUGCUCUUCUUCGUUCUCUUCCUUUUGAGGUUCUACCGGAUUCAUGUACUUGAAAAGAAUGGAUUUUUUUCUCGUUCAUUAUUUCUGUAUGAAUGUUCUGUACGUCCAUACUCCGUACUGGGUACAUUGCAAUACACAUUAAGAGGCGACUAUAAUGUCAAGGCCAACGCUCUGUCAAUUAGUUUUCAUCUGAAAGAAUUUUUACUGAGAGUUAAGUGAGUCUGCAUCAUGUAAUAUUGACAGAGCAUCCGCGAAAGAAAAAAAUUUGAAUUCGUUUCACGAGCUUUGAGUGAUAUCGAGAUACAGCUCUGCCAGCUCAACAAGUGACUGCGAAUAUGAAUUGCAGAUGUGUCUUCUGAUAGAACGUGUUUAUAUUCAUAUCUUCAUGUGCUCAAUGGCAAGUAUCACUUGGCAAAAUAUCACUUUUAUUCUGAUAACUCCUUACUAUAUUUUAUUUAUGGUAUGAGAAUAAUACUUCUGAAA